AUGGCUUCGCAGCCGAAGAGGCAAAAGACCGUUGUGGUUGGAGCUGGUCCAGUCGGAGCCCUUGCUGCUUUGUAUGCUGCUCAAAGAGACCAUGAUGUUGAGAUAUAUGAGUUACGGAGUGACCUUCGAGACCCGUCGACUACGCCCCUCGGCUUCUCUAGAUCAAUUAACUUGGCUCUUUCCGAACGCGGGAUCAAUGCUAUGAGACUGUCUGGUAAACCGGAUCUCCUGGACAAAGUCAUCAGCGAGACGAUUCCUAUGCGAGGACGGAUGAUCCAUGGCAAAACUCCUUCUGGGCAGUUUACUGAGCAAGCUCAGGACUAUGAUAUACAUGGACGGACACUCUAUGCUGCCGAUCGUGGCGGCUUGAACAAGACAUUACUAGACGAAUUGGAAUCCAUGCCAAACGUCAAGUUUUUCUUCAAUCAUAAGCUCACAGGAGCUGAUUUCAAGAAGAAUAAAGCCUGGUUCGAAAUCUCACCUGCGGAUUCCUCUAAGGGAGUUACAGGAACUAGAGCACGAGAAGUCGAGAUCGACUUCGAUCUCAUGAUCGGCGCAGAUGGAGCCCAUUCGGCAGUCAGAUAUCACCUGAUGAAGUAUGCUCGCUUAGACUACCAGCAGACCUACAUCGACACGCUCUGGUGCGAGUUCUCCAUCGAGGCAAGAGACAUCGCACCAGGUCAAGAACCUUCAACAAGAUUCGCCAUCUCGCCACACCACUUACAUAUUUGGCCUGGCCGGGACUUCAUGUUCAUCGCGAUACCCAGCUUAGAUGGCUCCUUUACAUGUACCCUCUUCAUCCCUUCCUCUCAUCUCGCCUCCCUUGAAUCCGAGCCCUCUUUGAUCCCCACCUUCUUCGAUACAUAUUUCCCGGGCGUCACAUCUCUCAUUUCCCCUGACGUGCUCAUCUCCUCCUUCAUAACCAAUCCUCACCUUCCCCUCAUCAGCAUAAAAUGCCAACCAUACCACUUCGGCUCCUCUGUCGUAAUCCUUGGCGACGCCGCCCACGCCAUGGUCCCCUUCUACGGCCAAGGCAUGAACGCCGGCCUCGAAGACGUCCACGUUCUCUUCACCAUCCUCGACUCUCAUACCACCCCUGCCCACUUUACCUCCCCUCCCAGCCCGUCAGCCAGAGCGCAAGCGCUAGCCGAGUACUCGAGGCUCAGGACGCCCGAUGCGCACGCCAUCAAUGAUCUCGCGCUGGAGAACUACACGGAGAUGCGCGCUUCGGUCAUCUCGCCAUUGUAUAAAGCGCGCAAGUGGCUGGAGGAGAAUAUAUCAAUCUGGGUGCCGGGACUGGGGUGGGCGACGAAGUACUCUAGGGUUAGUUUUGGGAACGAGAGGUAUAGUGAAGUGGUGAGAAAGAGUGAGAGGCAGGGCCAGUUGUUGAUGGGUGCGUUGCUUGGAGGGGUGGGAGGAUUGGGUUUGAUCGGGGUGGUGGGGAUCUGGGUGACGAUGAAAGGGAGACGGGGGGGACUAGAGGUUGGACGGCUGAGAGAGCUUUUCGGGUGGAUGAGUGGUUAG